AAAAUAAAUAUGAAAUUUAAAUAAAAUAUGAAUAAAUAUUUAGAGAAUUAAAAAUAGGUUCGUAAUGAUUUUGAUAGAUAUUGUUAAAAGUAUAAAUAGAAAAAAAAAAUACUAAUGUAUCUGCGAUAAUAUCAACAAAAAUUUGAAAACGGAGAUUAACCACUGAUAAUGCUAUGAAUGGCUAUUUACGGUGGUAACUAGUACCACUAUUACUCCAACCAAGACAACACGAUUACACGAUGGUCAAAAAGCAGUCUUGACUUCCGACUAAAACCAGAAAACUAAGGAUUAAAAUUAUUGCAAAUGUUGUUCAAAAGAAAAAAAUUAUUGCAAAUGACAGCACAGUUAUGUAAUCUCGAACAACUGCUCCAUAAUUUGGUCUUGUCGUGUCUGGAAGCUGGUAACUACCAUGUGGCCAUUUAUUUCCUCUUCCCAAACUACCCCUGCUUUUCUUCCUCCACCGUCUCGGUAAAAUUGAUAAACAAUGAUGCAAAUUUGCCCGUUGUCUUGGCUUUCCUUGUCCCCAUCCUCUUUCUCUUGCUUCCACUCUGCAACCGCCAUUACUCCCAUUUCUAAACAUAUUUUUUUCCCUCUCGUUGCACGCGAUUUUUGGUGCUUGCUAGUGUGUGUGUGUGGAGUUCUUGAUAUUGAGAGGAGGAAGUGAGAAAGGUAAGGAGUAAAAGAUGAGCUCAGAGGCAGGAACGAGUACUUUUGUAAUCCGAUGGAUCAACUUUCUCACAAUGUUAGUAGCUGUGGGCAUUGUUGGUUUUGGAGUGUGGAUGAGCUCUCAUCAUGACAGUUGUAGGAAAUCUCUUACACUCCCUGUUAUAGGACUUGGUGCGGUUAUCUUCGUAGUAUCAAUAGUUGGAUUUUUGGGUGCAUUGAAGAACAACUCAAUCUUGUUGUGGAUUUACCUGAUCUUGCUUUGCAUCAUACUGGUGGCAAUUUUGCUCUUUACGGUAUUAGCGUUUAUAAUAACAAAUAACGGCUCUGGUCAUAACGUUGAGGGUCUCAGGUAUAAGGAGUAUCAGCUUCAGGAUUAUAGUUCCUGGUUUCUGAAACAACUCAACAAUUCUCAUAACUGGGCGCAACUGAAGAGUUGUCUUGUCAAAUCCGAUGACUGCAAUAACCUUUCCAAAAAAUACAAGACUCCCAAGCAAUACAAAUCUGCCAAAUUGAGCCCCAUUGAAGCUGGUUGCUGUCGACCACCAUCUGAGUGUGGUUACCCUGCUGUCAAUGCCUCGUUCUACGACCUGAGCUUCCACCCAAUAAGCUCCAAUAAAGACUGCCAGCUCUACAAAAACUCCAAGGCUAUCAAGUGCUAUAAUUGUGACUCCUGCAAGGCUGGAGUGGCACAGUACAUGAAAAUCGAGUGGAGGGUGGUCGCAAUCUUCAAUGUUAUCCUCUUUGUGGUCCUGUCGACGAUUUACUUUGUUGGUUGCUGCGCGAGGCGACAUGCUGCCAGGAGCAGCUCUAAAGUGUGAGAGGACACAAAAAGUCCAGGCAUUUUCUCAAGGCGAAUUAACUUUCCCGACAUCUCUCCUUAGCCAUAUCGUGGAAUGUGGACGAAGAUUGCUGAUUCGCGAGGUAUCAUGGAAAUCCAGGUUUAGACCCCGUCGAGUCCACAUUCCUUAAUUGUAUUUGAGAUUACAAAAAUGCACUGAAAUGAGUUGUGUAUGUGUAGAUGAAGCAUUUCCAACUUUUGGUGCCACAAUUUCAAAUACAUUCGUGGAUUCAUUGCUUGAUACCACCUUCAUUUUUCCACA